CCUAGCUCUUUUGUAGUGUACUGUGGAUUGCAUUGAGAAAACGGCACCAGGCAAAUAGGAACAAAAACAACGACCAUUUAUCGUUCAUAGCUAGUAAGCGAACAGUAAUAGGUAAUAGCAGGCGGUUAUGGGCGAACGCAUGCAAGCACAGGAAAGAGGCAGCCUUGCAAAUGCAAGCUUGCAAGCUUGGCAAAUGUGAUGCCAUUGUUACGCUUGUACAGAUAGUUUCACACCUGUUCAGUGUGUGCAGUAAAAUGAAGACAAUUGUGCAUAUCUCAACAAUGGAUUGUGUUGACUAAAGUGCGCAAUAAUCGAUCACAAAGCGCAGUAGGCGUUUCGGAGCCUCCAGUCGUUUAUUGUCAUCUAUUUUUAGUAACUGAAAGGAGUGCAAGACGUCCAGGAUUCUACAAGGACUUUACUUCCGGACAAGGAAGUGAGAGGAUGGAGAAUCAUUGCAGAAAAAGCCUUCGAGGACCCUGAGCACUCCUUCAAUAAGCCUGCUGUUAGGAUUUCGACCGCCAACGACCGUUGAGCAAGUCAAUUAAACGACCACAACCGAUAAAAAACUGUUCGCAAAUACUCAAUGUGGAAUGAACAAUAUUUAAAAAAGUGGAGACGAAACAGAACGCAUCGACAGCUAUAAGCAAAGCAUAUUAUACCAACUAUAUUAGCAAAAGGUUGACUACGAUGAAAUAGCUCCUUUGGGGAGCAACUGAUGAAUGGAAGCCAGCGAGUAAAAAUGAUUACGGAACUGGGAUUCGAUGGCACCAAAAAGAGCAGAAUGAUACUUACACUAAGCUUCUUGCUUCUCUUCCUUAUCACAAUGGUGCCAGGUGUAAAUGCCACCGAAGGCGAUCCGCCGCUCCGACCCGCAAUCGAAGAGACAGCGGAGAUCUUUCAGACACAAAAUGACAACCAUCAAGAGGGAAACCUUCGCCAGGAAGUUCAGGAAAAUGUAAAAACUUGCACGAGAACUUUUAAAAACUGCGAUCCAUCCAAGACCAAUUGCAUCCUGGAGACGCCCUGCAGGCACGGUUCCUGCAACGAACUAGGUUACUGCGUCUGCGAACCAUGCUGGGACGGCGAGUCCUGCGACGAUUUAUUGGACACGUGGGCCCCGUCUUUCGAAUCGAGGGAGGCGUCGGUUGUGGUCACCAACCCCUGGGACGACCAGCCCAUCUAUACUGCGGUAGCCCCCGACAGGUAG